UUAGAGCGAAAUGAAACGAAGCGUAUGAAUAUGAAUUUUUUAAAAUAAGUGUGAAAUCCAUGCUGCUGAUCGAAUCGAGUUUUGAAUUGUUGGUUUCAGAUUCGCUAGUGGUCCAGGUUACUGAAGAUUCAGUUCUCGUGAUUUCGACAGUUUCAGCUGUUUGUGUCUUUUGAUUUUAGAUAUUGCUUGAGAAGUGUCCGAUUUCUUUCAGGAGAAGCAAACUAGUACCAAAAUUGGGGAAUCAAAACAUAGUGAUGUAUUAAAGUUAUAGCUCAUGCUGCUUAACCAAGAAUAUAACUGAAAGUGUCUUUUUGUCUAUAAAAGAGAUCAAAGUAUAAAAAAAGAGAGAAAAAAUGUCAUAAAUGAUUUGUGGACAAAUCAUAGCUGACCCUCUAUGUUUGUAUCGCGUAACGCCGAUUAAUUUUCAAAAUCUAAGGCUUUUUAUAGAUGUUCUAAUCCAAGCUGAUGUAUGUUAGGAAUGGAGUUCUCAGAUUCAAGACGCAAGCCUCAUUUUCUUGGGAAAGUAAUCACCGCCGUUGUUCUUACGGCCUUGUGCAUAUAUAUUCUGAAGCAAUCCCCUGGUUUUGGUGGCACUAGUGUGUUUUCACGUCAUGACCCCGGAGUAACCCAUGUCUUAGUAACUGGAGGUGCUGGCUAUAUUGGUUCGCACGCUGCGCUUCGGCUCUUAAAGGACUCCUAUCGAGUUACUAUCGUGGAUAACCUCUCUAGAGGAAAUAUGGGUGCCGUGAAAGUCCUCCAGGAGCUAUUCCCGGAGCCUGGGAGACUUCAAUUUAUCUAUGCUGAUUUGGGCGAUGCGAAAGCUGUGAACAAAAUAUUCGCAGAGAAUGCAUUCGAUGCUGUAAUGCACUUUGCCGCAGUCGCAUAUGUUGGCGAGAGUACAAUGGAACCUCUUCGGUAUGCCAUUUAUACUAUAUAAACUCUUCGGUUAAAA